GUAGGACUGACUGCGCGGCGGCCGUCGAAGGCGUCGGAGAGCCUCAUGGACUACUUUGGCAGGAACAGCAUGAGCGGGUCUGCAGUCGACGAGGACGUGGACGCAACCCCUCUAGCGGCAUCCCGUUACCCGUCUUCCUUGUCGGAAGCUAAGUCGAGGUCUGACGUCGAGGCCGAAAACCGACUCUCGUUCCCUUCGCUGUACAGCAUCGGGUCCGCGCUAUACGCCAACACCCGGCGCCAUUCUAGGAGCGGACGCAGCUCAGUCGUGGGCAGCGAAGCAGACGGUGCGUACAGCCACUGAAUCAGUAACUGCUCGCGUGCACCGCAGCUGACCCUCACAGCAAAAAUGUCCGAGCCAGCCCCACACAGUACCGGCACUACA